AUGCUCCAUCCCAUCCUCGAUAUCAGCAACUUCAAUGUGGUUCUCACAUUCUCAGGAAUAUUCCUACUUGCGUUCGGGUUUCUUUCGCUCAAGGUCAAGCAGAAAUGGUUUCUUGGGGAAGCCUUGCCAUCCUUUGUGGUCGGCGCUAUACUAGGGCCGUUCUGCACCAACUUGAUCGACCCAGCGCGAUGGAGCAAUCGUGACGCACAGGGAGAGAUUGCUUAUGCGAUGACUCGGAUGGUGAUUGGACUACAAAUGGUGAAAGUCGGCUAUGAACUGCCGAAAAAAUACCUGCGACGACGUCUGGUCGAGCUGACCAUCUGUCUGCUUCCUCUCAUGACAAUACAAUGGCUGGCCACGUCGUCGUGUAUUUUGCUGCUGGUCCCUCGUGUAUCCUUCCUGGCAGCCUUGAUCAUCGGAUCAUGUGUCAUCUGUAUAGACCCCGUUCUCUCGCAAGCUGUGGCGAAGGGCCCGUUCGCCGACAAGUACGUUCGAAGACACCUGCGAGAAUUCAUAUCUGCCGAGGCGGGAGGGAAUGACGGGUUUGGGUUUCCAUUUUUGUUGCUUUCCAUAUCGAUCUUGCGAUAUGCCGACGUGCCUCAACAGGGCAUGAGCAAGCGGGACUGGAUUGGAGAAACAGAUACCGGACGGUUUGGAGGAGACGUCGGUCGCGCCUUGGCUCAUUGGGCCGUUGAAGGGGUUCUGUACAUGAUCAUCAUGGGAUCUGGGUAUGGGUUGUUGGUGGGGUUUGUGAGUCGGAAGAGUUUGAACUUGGCUUCGAAGAGGCAAUGGAUUGACAAGGAGAGUUUCUCCCUGUGCCCGAUUGCCAUUGGGUUGUUUCUCGUGGGAACAUGUGGCUGUUUUGGAUCGGACGAGACACUGGCCUGUUUUAUUGCUGGAUGUGCUCUCAACUGGGAUGGAAACUAUCAUUCAGAGGCCGAGGCACGACAUGACUCGUUCAACUCCACCAUCGAGACGGUAUUGAACUACGGAACGUUCAUCUUUAUCGGGGCAAGUAUGCCGUGGGACCAGCUUCACCUGCCAAAAGUCACCGGCAUCACCAUUUCUCGACUGGUUGUUUUGGGAGUUUUAAUCUUGCUGUUUCGGCGGAUUCCCGCCAUUAUGCUGGGAUACCGAUUCAUGCCCAAAAUCUGCAGUGACUGGAAAGAGGCUUUGUUCAUGGGGUACUUUGGACCGAUCGGCGUGGGGGCAAUUGCAUACGUUGAAUACGCCCGGCGACUACUCCCAGGCCCCGGGGAAAGUGACACGGAAAUUAACAAUCUAACUGCAGCCAUGAUACCCGUGGUGUACUGGCUCGUAUGCUUCUCGAUCGUCGUUCACGGCAUUUCGAUCCCAGCAUUGAACUGCAUAUACAAGCUCCUCAGAGUCCCUGUCAUUCGAGAUCAUCCAGUGGAAGUUCAGCUUCUUUCCGAGAACGAGCCCGUUCCGAAUAACAGUGUUGUGAACCGACGAGGACAUUCGAUGAUUCUCAACAACCGAUUCUCUCGUGCUGAAGAGUCCGAGACUUCUCUUGCUAGUAGCCACCGGCAUGAGGAGCCGGAUACGAUCAUGCUACGGCCAAAUAGUCAGCAGUAUGCAGGGUCGUUGGACAGGACGUCGACCAAGGGAUCCUCACACCAAAUUGAGCAUGAGGCAAGGGAGGUGGCUUGA